UCUCACCAUAUCGUUGCCGCUUACAAGGUUCUUUAUCUCAAAAACAAUACGUGGUCAUAGGUGUUUUGGAUAAGAAUUACGUUAAAAAACAAUCAAAUGCGAAAUGGCCACCGCAACACUCAAACGUGACGAAAUCCUCCUGCUCUUCGAUGUGGACGGGACUCUGACGAUGCCCAGGUCCGUUGUGACUCCAGAAUUCGAGGAUUUCUUUUACUCGAAGGUUAAACCCAGAGCCACCAUUGGAAUUGUUGGAGGCUCCGAUCUGGAAAAGAUGUUUGAACAGCUGAACGGUCAGAAAAUUCUUAACGAGUUCGAUUUCAUCUUUCCUGAAAACGGCCUGGUGCAGAUCGAGGGCGGCAAGGAGGUGGGAAAGCAGAAUAUCAUCGCGCACCUGGGCGAGAAGACGUUGCAGCGUUUCAUCAACUUUGUCCUGCGUUACCUCUCCGAACUGGAACUGCCUAUUAAGAGAGGAACCUUUAUAGAGUUCCGGAACGGCAUGAUGAACGUGUGUCCAAUUGGACGACAGUGCUCCCGGGAGGAGCGAAACAUGUUCGCCGCCUACGACAUCGAACACAAAGUGCGUGAGAAAAUGAUUGCCGACCUGAAGAAGGAGUUUGCCGAUGUGGACCUCACGUACUCCAUCGGAGGUCAAAUCAGUUUCGAUGUUUUCCCCCAUGGCUGGGACAAAACCUACUGCCUUCGCCACAUUGAAGCCCAUUACAAGUUCAAGGAAAUCCACUUUUUCGGCGACAAAACUGAGAAGGGCGGCAAUGAUUACGAGAUCUACGUCGAUCCAAGGACUAUAAGUCAUAGGGUGUACACUCCCGAUGAUACGCAGCGCAUCCUUACAGAGAUCCUGAAGCUUUAACGCGACCUCGAACAAGCCAAAGUUUUGAUAAAAUUCCAUUUUGUAUAUAUGUAUGUUAACCAAAUUUAAAAUAUAAAGUCAUUUAAAAUAA